AUGGCAUACCUCCGAACUGGUGCAGAAUUUAUAUCAUCGUAUCGUUCCAGUCUUAAUCGGAUGAGUGAACUUCAAAAAAAGAUAAAAAUGUUCGGAUUCAACACUGCUUAUUAUAAUCAGGUUGGACUUUUGAAACAUGAUUGGCUACCUCAUAGUCCUGUUUGGCGCGAGGCUCUCCGUCGACUUCCGCGCGAACUACAGGAAGCUAGGGACUUCCGAAUUUCACGGGCGACUCAUCUCUACGCUUCGAAAAAUAUUUUGCCGAAGGAAGAGUGGACAACCAUUGAAGAUGAUAUCCCAUACUUGGAUCCGUACGUUGAAAUUGUCGUGAAAGAACUGAAUGACCGAUCAAACUGGGAUAAUUUUGUCAACCCCGAAAUAUAUAAUGAAUAA